GUCCCGCACAUAUUGCAUCUCCGGAGAUGGCUGUCUCAUGGAAGGCGUCGCUCUCGAAGCCGUGGCGCUUGCAGGCCACUUGCAACUCGACAACCUCGUUCUCAUCUAUGACAACAAUCAGGUGACUUGUGAUGGCCCACUGGAUUGGAUCAACACCGAGGAUGUGAACGCCAAGAUGAGAGCGUGUGGAUGGGCAGUCCUUGAGAUUGCGGACGGGUCAUAUGAUGUUCAAUCAAUCGUCGCCGCGCUAGAAUACGCCAAAACGGUGAGAGCCAAGCCCGUCUUUAUCAACAUCCGGACGGUCAUCGGACUGGGUACCAGCGUGGCCGGCACAUCGAAGGCUCACCACGGCGCGUUCGACAAUACCAGCAUAGAAGAGUCCAAGAUGGCGGCCAACAUCGAUCCUGCGAGCACGCACACAGUACCCGAACAGGCAUUGGCAUACUUCCGGGAACGUCGCACUCAUGGUCAACAUUUGAACAACGACUGGGACGCGCUGAUGAAGAGAUAUGAGCAUACCUUCCCCGAACUGGGUGCCAGCCUUGCCGAACGCAUCGCCGGAAGCCUCGGACAAGAAGUACAUCACGCACUAGACGGCAUCGAUACGUCGACUAUGAAGCACCUAGCAACCCGGGAAUCCAACGGCAUCAUUAUGGAAAAGCUGUGGCCCAUUUGCGAAGCGCUCUGUGGUGGUGGCGCCGAUCUCGUCAACUCGAACAAAGUGUAUUACAGCGAAACCGACGUCUUCCUGCCAACUCAUUACGCUGGCCGAUAUAUCCGAUAUGGCAUUCGAGAACAUGCAAUGGCGAGUAUUUCGAACGGAAUAGCUGCAUUCAAUCCCGGAACCUUCAUUCCAAUCACGGCCACUUUCUUGAUCUUCUAUCUCUACGCUGCUCCAGGUGUCCGCAUGGGCGCUUUAAGCCACCUACAAACGCUGCAUUUCGCAACCCACGAUUCCUUUGCAGAAGGUCAGAAUGGCCCUACGCAUCAGCCGGUCGAAGUUGAUUCUCUCUACCGCGCCAUGCCGAACCUGACAUACUUCCGCCCUUGCGAUGCCGAGGAGACAGUCGCGGCGUGGAAGCUGGGCCUCAUGUCUCACGACAGUCCCACAAUGAUCUCGCUGGGUCGUGAUCCAGUCGGCGACAUCCCCAACACCAAUCGAAAGCUGGCUUUGAAUGGAGCGUACGUCAUCAAGGAAGAUAAAGAUGCAGCGGUGACUCUUGUCAGCUGUGGGACGGCUCUUCAUCGUGUCGUUGCCGCUGCACGCCUGCUGGCUGAGGAGGGUGUUUCCGCGCGACUUGUCAGCUGCCCAAGUAUGGACCUCUUUGGCAAGCAGGACCGGAACUACCGUGAUACCAUCUUCCCUGUGGACGGCAGGCCGAUUGUCAGCGUAGAAGAAUACAUUGCCACGGGCUGGGCUCGAUACGUGACCGCGAGCAUCGGAAUGACGGGCUGGGGCUAUUCUGCGUCAAGCGAGAGCAACUACCAGCGAUUUGGGUUGGAUGCGGACAGCAUUUCACGAAAGGUACAGGCAUAUUUGAAGGACUUGAACGGAGUCAAUGCUCGAUCAGUUGGCUGGAGACAGUUGUGAUAGCUUGAAGCAGCGCUCGUUCAGCGGGAAUGAAACAGCAGGUGCAGAAGAUUAAUGGCGUUCAAGGUGUAGUACAGUUAGAUGCAGAGUAGGUGGGAGGGAGAUUGAAUGAAUUCAUUGCAAG